AUGGCACAACCUGACCUCACCUCGCAUCAUGUCAAUUAUCUAAUUUGGAGAUAUCUCCAAGAAUCAGGCCACGGCGAUGCUGCCGUCUCUUUGCAACGCGCGUGGUAUCCUGACCCACAGACCCUCCCGUUCGCGCCGUACAUUAAAACACAUGCGCUAGUCUCGCUGGUCCAGAAGGGCCUGCAGUAUCAUGAGCUAGAGACCUCCCUUGACAAGGAGGGUAAUCGCAUUACAAUCUCACCCUCUGAUUACUUUUUCGGACCAGAGCGUUUGGAAAAUGGCUUAGUACGAAGUCGCGAUGAUGCCAUUGGCACAGACCAGCCCGAGUCGCCGAGUCAGGCUGCGCGCGACCGCCCGGUCAACGGCCAUGCCGAGCCCGGAAGGCAGAUCCGAAAGGACGAGGAGGAUAGCGACGAGUCCAUGGAGGACAAGGCGCAAACCGAAAGCCAGCCCGCCAGUCCUCACCCCAUGGAUGGGGACGGCGAUGUCAGUAUGGCGGAAGAAAUACCCGAGCCCCCGGUUACCCUGGAGAACGGCGACAGCUCUGGCAUUCAAAUCGCCCCCGCCAAGACCGUUGAUUUGACGCCCGACACCGCCCUCCUCGAUGUGGAGAAUCACGUGACCCAGGCUCUUUGGCGCCCUCGAGAUUCCACGACGGUCGUGGCAGCUGGUCAUGACUAUUGUAGCCUGUGGAAGCUUUCCCUUUCAGCAGAGCCGGUGGAAAAGAAAAUAGUUUCUUACAAAAAGGGCAGUACAACUGUCUCGAAUGUUGCUUGGGAUGCCAUUGGAGACAAAUUGGCCGUUGCAACUUCUACUAACGAGAAGGGGACUGUCACGAUGUACAACACCAGCGGUGACGCUGUCGACCUACUGCCCGAAGUGCCCCGGAUAAUCACUGGUCUGUUUUGGUCAGAUGUCAGCUCACAGUUGAUCGUUGUGGCCUCAAAUGACAACAUAUCAGAACUCGCGCUCUGGGAUGACCACCGCCGGCCUGAUGCUUUCCCUUCACCACAGAUAAUCGAAGACCAUCUCUACACGGUCUCAUGGUGUGGGCGCAGUCAGAUCUUUGCCUCCGGUGAAGGUGCAAUCUACCAAUGCGAGGUGGAUAAUAGUAUCCGCUUGGUCAAUACGUUUUCUUCCCGCGAAAAAACCACCUGGGACUUCCUUCGGUGCAUUCAAACCGACUCUCAAUCUGUUGCAAUCGCGGCAUCUGGACCAGACUCUUCAAUUUGGAUUCCGACCCAUCAAAUUUUGAUACCCAACGCCCACUCUGAGCAGAUAACUGGUCUUGAGCUUCGCCCUCAAUCCCACGCACGGCGCAUUGUCUUCGCAACCUUCUCCCAGGGCGGCAAGGUGAAGGUUUGGCAGGUCGACCUUGAUUCCGGGGACCACAAUUGCAUCCACCAGUUUUCCCUGGGCCCAUCUCCCUCGAACAACGCGCUCACCGGAUGUUUCUCCCCCGAUGGCUAUGCCCUUGCGGCAGCUAGCAAAGACCGACUAUGUAUCUGGAAUGUGGAACGCGGAGGUGAACCCAUCUCUACCUGGACUGCACCAAAAUCCGAAGUGAAAAAGGAAGACCCCGACCGAUCAACUAAUGGACACAACGGCUUUACUCAUUCGGAAUCACCGUCCUUCUGGCCUUUGGUCUGGGACUCAGAUGGAAAGCGACUUGCGUACGGUUUCAACAAAAAGGUACGCACCCUCAAAUGGACCCCCAACCCCAUGGCAAUAAUAAACUUGCAGCGGUGA